AAAAAAGCAUCUUUAACUCUGAGGACCUCUGUAAAUAGCAUAACAACAAACACACACCUCGCUCUGGAUUUCACACUGUCUUUUGCUGUGAGGCUGGAGAGCCUGGCAGCUAGUUUCCUUCCCGGGUGGAGUGAGAUAUGGUGACAAGAGUGCAUCCAAGAGACCUGAAUUCUUUCACAUAGGAACUGUGUGAUUAGAGGGCUGAGAACCACCUGAUUAACACGCAAAGCUGAGGACAGUGAAGGACUGAGAACAUACGCUCUGAAACCAACUGCCUGAAAUGAAUCAUGUCUCCAGCAGGAACCUGCCAGCUGCACAACCUUGGGCAAUUUAUAUCCUUUUGUCUGUCACUUCCUUCUGUGGAAAGUGGAGGGGACGCUGAUAGUGAUGCCGGCCUUGUGGGGUUGAGGUGGGGAUCGGAUCCGGUAAGGCGGUGAAGCCCACAAUCCGCACUUCUGGGCAGGCCGGUUCUCCAUAGUGAUAACUAUUAUUAACUCAGCAUCCUACGGUCACCUGGCUCUGGGGGACCUGGGGAAGCAGCCUCAGGAAAAAAGGAGCAGGAGAACUAGAUCGGCUCUGUGGGAUCUGGAUGGAAGGCUGAGGCAGAGUUUGUCAGGUCCUCCUUUGCCUCCAAAAUGAGGUCCUGUGAGUGCUCUUGUCCCGAACAGACCUCUGCUCGUCUCUGGCUCCCACCAAGGCUACUGAGAAGGUCUCAUCAGCCACACUUGUCUGGGCCUCUCCUAAGAGAGGAACUUUAAGAAGGGCCUGAAGGGAGCUUUUCAUAUAAGUGCAAAAUCGUGUUUCUGCAACCCUCUCACAGACCGGCGUGAUUUCGGGGGAGCCCAGGCUGCAGCCCUUGCAAGCCUUUGGCAACUCUCCCGGUGCCCCAGGCUGGUGAGAAGUGGGCAGUGCAGCCCUAUCUGGAUGGGCUUUAUUACCCAAUUCCAGUUGACUAGCCCUCCCUUCAGAAUAAAUACCCUCCCACGCUCUGCAUGCAGCACACCUGUUAGUGUUUGUUUUCAACUGACGCUGUUGAUUUAGCGUUAGGCCCAGCAGGGGAUGUGGUUACAGCACUAUGAUAAGGGCUCCGAGCAGCUCUGCGCACAAGAGGAAAAUGCCAAGUUGGGUAAUGAAAACUGAACUACCCUAUGCUUCGGCUUAAAAAUAUCUUUACCGAAAUUAUGAAAGCGCCGCAAAAACAAAACAAAGCACAAAUCAUCCCUCUCUCCAAGAGCAAUUUUCCUUCCCCACACUCCACCGCAGCGGAAAGGAGUCUGGCUUGUCUGAAACUCGAGGGAGGGAGUCCUGUGUUCUCUUAGCCUUUCCUGCUCUCCUUUGGGGCAGGGUGGUGCUGGCAGGUUUCACCUCUCCUCUCUGGGCCUUGCCUUCCUCUGUGAUGGAGAGAAGAGUUUGAAUGCACCGAUCUCUCUGAUUCCUUCCAGUACCCCUUCACCCUGCCCAGCAUGUUGGUGAAUCCACGAUUCACUGAUGCGUACUGCAUUCAAUUACAGAGUACCGUCUACACAACAGGCAAUGCAGGAAAUCUGGAGAGAAGCCACGGCAGAGCAGGUCAGGCACCAUCCCUGGAAGCAAGUGUGUAAACAAGCAGGCACAACUGAAGGUGCAUGCUGGCAGCGACCUGUGUUUGGGGGAAAGGCAGUUCCCCAAAGUAGCUGUAGCCUGCAGGCCCUGAAUUAUAAAAAGAGCCUUCAAUUUGGUCACAAUACAGAGUUUGAAGGGUACUCUGGAAUAAGGAAAGAAAUAUUUGCGUGUAGAUGCAGAAGGGAAAAGCUGCUGACUCUCCCUGGCAUCCAAAACUGGACCAGAGGGCAUGGCACCUAUGAGCCUAGAUGUUACUGCUACCAUCUAUGGAUGUCACAGCUUAUGAUGCCCGUGACGGUGUGCUUUCUAAAUAGCACUUCCUGACCUUUCCCCUAGUGGGCAGAAGGAUCUACUUUGCAGAGGAAUUCAUGAUGUUGUGACUGGAAGGCUGAAAGGAAAGGCCAGGGUCUACAGUGCAUCAAAGAGGGAGACAUAGAGUGACUGAAGUCCAAAGUCCAGUGAUGAAAUGGAAAGACUGUCAGCAGAUAUUUGUCCGAGAAGGAGGCAUCCAGAUGGAAGUACUGUGACUUCUUAUGAGAGCAAUGACCCAAAACUGAAAAAUCUAAGUCACGGCUCUCAGCCCGGAUCCACUGCGCUGAUGGAAGUUAUAUGACAUAGAAUAUUUGGGGUGACAUCUUGAAAGAUCAUCAAGAAUUACAGAAGACAAAAAACACUAAUGAAUUUGAGAAAGUGGUGAAGUUUGGGGGGAGAGGAAAAAAAACUGCUUUCCUGAUCUGCAACUUGGCUGGAUGCUAAGAUGUCUGUGGACAUGAAUAGCCAGGGGUCUGACAGCAAUGAAGAGGACUAUGACCCAAAUUGUGAGGAAGAAGAAGAGGAUGAAGACCCUGGGGACAUAGAGGACUAUUACAUGGGAGUAGCCAGCGAUGUGGAGCAGCAGGGGGCAGACGCCUUUGGUCCUGAGGAGUACCAGUUCACCUGCUUGACCUACAAGGAGUCCGAGGGUGCCCUCAAUGAGCACAUGACCAGCUUAGCCUCUGUUCUAAAGCUAACCAAGAAUCACCAGACCUUUGAGGAAAACAUGCAGAAUAGAAAAGAAACAGGAAAAUUGACCAUAGGUGAAACAGACCAGUAGAUGAUUUUGCUUAUUUAUAAAAGUGCACUAUUUAAUACUCUCCAAGAUAUUCAAGAAGAUGUAGCAUCCAUAAAACAAUCAGAGAUGCCAUAUGGAAGAAACUAUCAAAAUAAAAAAGCUUGUGGAGAUGAAUUAUGGGUUUGCCAACUUAAAAAAUAUUCUGUAGAUAGAUCAGAAGAUAAAAUCAAGAGAAAAAUCUUGAUAUAAAACCAAAAUACAGGCAAAAAUUGUAUGCAGAAAGAAGAGAAUGGAGGACCAAUCCAGAGAUCUAUCAUCUACCAGAAUUAUUGGGAAAUGAGAACAAAAAACUAAAAGGAGGAAUAUAUUUAGAAGUAUAAGAAGAAGAAAAUUUCCAGAAUCUACAGAGAGGAGCAUAUUGAAAGGGCCUACCCUUUGCCCAGAAGAAUAAAGACCCACCUGCUACUCUCGUCACCGUGAAAUUUCAGAAAAGAAUAGAAAGAAAACCUGGAAGUUUCCACGAAGAUACACUGGGUCUUCUGAAAGAAAUGGGAAUUAGAUAUGUUAUCAACGACAGUGACAACUAGAAGGCAGUGGAGCAGCAGUCUUCCAAGUCCUGAGGGAAAAUCGUUUUGAACCUACAAUACUGUCAUUGCAAAAUAAACUUGUUUUCAGACUUG